CAUCGCGCUCCUCCCACCUUCCCGCGUCCCAGUGCGCCCAGGGGUCUCGCUCUGUAAGGACCCCGACCGGACAGUGGGACCGCUGGGAGUGAGGGAGCCAGCGACCUCAGCAGGUGCGGAGGCGCGGGACCAGAGGCCCUCCUCCUGGCUGCACAGGGAGAAAAGGGGCUAGCGUCUGUCCUCGUGGUGUCAGAGCCUCGUUCCUGUGACCUAUAGUGGUUUCGAAAGAAUCCCUCUCCUGCUUCAGGACGACGCGGGAGUCACUGUCAUAGCUGAAAAGGGUCUUCCAGUGGCCCCACUCCCUUCUGGAAGACCCGACAGCUGGCAACAGGCCUCAUGAUCUGGCUCCCGCCCUCCGUCUCCAGACUCCCGAGCCCACUCCCACAAGGCAGGGCAGGGCCCAGCCGCCUUUGCUUACCUGUGCCCUGGACCUGUGCCGUGACUCAGUAUGGAGGCUUCCUUAUCUGUACACCAGUCUCUCUAUAGCGCCCCAGCUGGGGUCUCCAGGGACUGGUUACCUGUUCUAGAAUGGUUCCCACUGCUGGCAGGGACUCAGCCCCUGAGACCAGUUGACCAGCCACUGAGAGCAGGAUCUGCCAGUUACUGGGGCCCAGCUUCCCAACCUGCCUCUCCCCAGCUCACCCCUGAGCCCCCAGUUCUGCCCAGGGGCUUGGGCCCCUCUGUCCCCAGCCCAUCCCAUACAGUGGGCUCAGUGGAGUGGACUUUUUGCUGCCCCCAGCCCCUUGCGCCUUGGACAGACACCCACAGGCACGUGCAUGGAGGGAGGGCUUGGAGCUAGUCUUCCCAUACCUGACCCUCUCCUGGCCACCUGCUCAUGGGGUCCGGCUGUGGUGCUGCCACACACUCCACUGGGCCACCCUGCGUAUCUCUUCCUUGGUGCGGCCACCUCCACCUCCUGAGUGUGCCUGAGGGAACUUGCCCAUGACUGCUCAGCUUGCCACAGAAGCCCAGGGACUGGUCAGGCAGCAUUUGGGCGCCAGGUCAUCAUGUAGUGAAAAGCUACCUUGGCAGCAGGAUCCACAGCUGGGGGAGGCUGUGAGUGGCCGAGGGACAAUCAGGAAGUUCAGACCCAUGAGCAGGGACCGGCAGGCAGACUGGGUAUGGAGAGCCAGCCGUGUGCUGCGACACGUGGCGUCCAUGGCCUGGGCUGAAGUCUGCUAUGAGUCUGGAAACCUUUUUCUGUGGGACCCACCACUGUGGCCUCCACCAGGUCCCUGUCUAGCUGGCUAGGAAGCCAGCAUUGGUUUUUGGUGCAGUGGUCUAAGGACACAGAGCAGGGGUCUCCUUCAGCCCCUAAAACUGCUUUGAUGAGUCUGAGAGUGGAUGGGUAUCACGAGUGGCCUCAAGAACUCCCUUGGACACUGAGGCAGCAUCCUGCUCACUCCCCUUCGGUCCAUGAGUUAUUAUGGAGCAAACAGGACUCUCACCAGGAAUUGUGAUCCCUGCUCUGGUCACCACAGCGAGCACUGACCAUCAGUCUUACCCCAUCCAAGUCCACCUGUGGCUCAGCUUCGCGCCCGUGGCCGACACGAUUGCCCACCACUUCUUCCUCUCCACCAAGCAGAUCAACUGGCUUUCGCUAAUCUACCUUGUGGUGUCCAUCCCGUCUGGUGUGGUGGCCAUCUGGGUUCUGGACUCCGUUGGGCUCCGCUGGGCAACCAUCGUGUGCGCAUGGCUGAACUUGGCUGGGAGUGUGUUUAGAACCCUGCCCUUCCUGUUCAUCGAGAUCCAGGACCCAUUUCCCUUCCUCAUGGGUGGGCAGAGCCUCUGUGCCCUGGCACAGACCCUGGUCAUCUUCUCUCCGGCCAAGCUGGCUGCCUUGUGGUUCCCAGAGCACCAGCGAGCCACAGCCAACAUGAUCGGCACCAUGUCAAACCCCUUGGGCAUCCUGGUGGCCAACCUGCUAUCGCCUGCCCUGGUGAAGAGGGAGGAGGAUAUCCCCAUGAUGCUGGGCAUCUAUAUCAUCCCUGCCGGCCUUGCCUGUCUCCUGGCCAUUGCCUGCCUCUGGGAGAGUGUACCUCCUAGCCCACCCUCUGCAGGGGCCGCCCACUCCACCUCAGAGAAGUUCCUGGAUGGGCUGAAGCUGCUCUUGCGGAACAGAGCCUAUAUCAUCCUCGCCGUGUGUUUCGGGGGCGGCAUCGGCAUCUUCUCCAGCUUCUCGGUCCUCCUGGAGCAGGUCCUUUGUGUGAAGGGCUACUCCAACGAAUUUGCAGGCCUUUGCGGGGCUCUCUUCAUUGGGUUUGGAGUCCUGGGGGCACUGGUUCUCAGCCUGUAUGUGGACCGGACCAAACACUUCACUGAAGCUGUCAAGAUUGGCUUCUGUCUGACCUCCAUGGUCUGCGUGGCCUUUGCCCUGGUGUCUCAGCUGCAGGGACAGACCUUCGCGCUGGCUGCCCUCUGCUCACUGAUGGGGUUCUUUGGCUUCUCGGUGGCGCCCAUUGCCAUGGAGCUCGCCGUUGAGUGCUCCUUCCCUGUGGGGGAGGGUGCAGCGGCAGGCCUGGUCAUCGUGCUGGGGCAGGCCGAGGGUGUGCUCGUCAUGGUCCUGCUGACUGGCCUGACCACACGUCGCGCGGAGCCGUCUGUCUCCACCUGCCAGGAUGGCCAGGGCCCACUGGACUGGAUGGCUGCUUCCUGGUGUUCUUCUUCCAUACCCGGUACCGGCGCCGACAGGCUGAGGCCAAUGAGAGCCACUCCAUCCAGGAGGACACGUCCCCAGAGGCUGCAGAUCACGCGCCCUGCCCGGCAGCCGCCCCCUGAGGCUCCACUCGGCCACACCCCCACGACCUCCAGCAUGGACUGUAGGAAGCUCAGGGGCAACUCAUUCCUAGAGCCCUUCUCCUGGCCCUACCUGCUUGUUCGGGGGAGCCCUGAGCCGCUGGAGCCCCCAGGACUUGCAGAGAGGUCACAGGGGUCCCUGCAGAGUUCUGGAAGCCAAAAGAGCAGUUGGUGCAUCAAGAAGUGGUCCUGGGGCCAUGAAGGGGAGGCCAGGAGGGGUAGGCUCUGGUCACAGGGUGACAGCAUCCCGCAGAUGCCAGAGGGCCUUGGAGUCCUCGGCACACCCAGAGCGCAGCAGGAUGGCCUAGGGGAGACCCCGUGGCUAUAGCAUGAACUGCUGGUGCUGUGUGGACAAGCAGCCACUGGCCAGGCAGGUGCCCCAGUGGCCAGGCCAGACCCAGGGUGGUGGCUGGUGCAGGAGCAGUGUGUGGGGGAUGGACCUGGCAUGAGGGACAAGGGCUGGUGGGGAGCUGGAUGGAUUGGGAGUCCUGAGGGCCCCCGGCAUGACUGAGUCUGGAAUGGACACUUGUGAGAAAUGCCUUCCUUGAGGAAUCCCAACCCAUAGCUUUUCUC